GGGACCCACAGCACGGCCAAGUGACAAGGGAUGGCAGGGCACGGCGGUCCACGGCCCGAGUGUCAGUGCGAGGUGGCCCACGGCAGGACACGGUGGCCCGUGGCACACCACGGUGGCCCACAGCAGGGCAAGGUGGCACACCACUCGUGGCACACCAUGGUGGCACACAGCAGGACACGGUGGCCCAUGACAGGACACAGUGGCCCGUGGCACACCACGGUGGCCCACGGCAGGACACGGUGGCCCACGGCAGGACCCCGGCGCUGGGUCCCUGCUCUUGCUGACCCCCCCAGCACCCUGGCAGGGCAGGUGGCAGCACCGGGACGGGCCCUGCAGCCCCCUCGGGGUGCGUGGGGGGGUCCCAAUCCUGUGCCCGCAGCAGCCCGAUCGCAGAGGGGGGGACAGCGCCCCCCCAGCCCCCUCACCGCCCCCCCACUGCAGGCUGGGGGUCGCGGGGGUCCCACAGGGCCAAGGAAUCCCAGAGCCAUGUCCCUUACGGACAGCGUUGACAUUGACAGCAAAUCUGAGAAGCCCGUGUCUGUGAUCUGGGGGUGCGAGCUGAGCAGCGAGCGGGACUCCUACACCUUCCAGGUGCCAGAGGAGUGGCAGUGCGAGCAGCAGCUGGCCCUGCGGACGAUCUGCCUGGGGGAGAUGGCACGGGAUGAGUUCCAUGUGGUGGAGAUCAUGCCGGCUGAGAAAGACGCUGGCGUCCCGGUGCCCCUUGCCACGCUGAAACCCUCUGUGCUGCCCAUGACCACCCUGAUGGGAGUGGAGCUGAUACCGCCGGUCACCUUCCACCUGAAAGCCGGCUCUGGCCCCGUCUACAUCAGCGGGCAGCAUGUCUCCAUGAUGCCCAACCUGUCCUGGGAUGAGGAGGAAGAAGAGGAAGAGGAGGAUGCUGAGGAAGACGAGCCGGCAGAGGAGUCCCCCGAGAAGCCCCCCAAGGGCCAAUCUGCCAGGAAGGGCAGUGCUGCCAAGAAGAGGAGGCUGGAGAAGGAGGAUGAGCUGAACAAUGUCUCUGCUGAGGAUCCCCUUCCCAGCAAGGGACGAGGAGUUGGCCGGGGGAGGAAGGCAGCAGCCAAGAAGUAGUGGGAGCUGCGGUGAAGCCUGGCCAGGUGCAGAAGAGCCUGGAAAGCUGCUGGUUCCGUGUUGUCCUUCCCCAAUAAAG